CACCCUUGCCUGCAGCUGUUGCCCGGCGCCUGCGCGUGUCCCGGGGAUGAGGUGAGGGAAGUGGGAGGGGUGGCCUGGGAGGUCAUCGUUCAUCACUCGGAUUUGCCAACUGAGGAUGUGUGAUCCUUUCGCGGUCCCGUAGUGCGAGCUUCCUGACGUCACACGGAAGGUGUUUUUUCGGAACCUGCAGCGGGAAAAGCAAACCGGCUGCUGUCACGGGCACACGUAUGUACACCCGGCAGGGCUGAUCACCGGAUUCGUGAGCUCUCAGCUUAUCCAGCCAGGCUAAUCGCCAUUGUUUUGUUAUAGGGCACAAGGGCAAAUAAUUCCUAAAUUGACAAUCAUGAGUUGUGGGGACAGGUUUGUGCAGACAUUGGGGAAGGUAGCCUAUCCUAAAGCCUCCAAGCUGGAAGGAGAAGACUUUGACUGGCUGUUUGAAAACAUGCAUGUGAAAUCAUUCCUAGACUGGUUCUGUGUCACCUUGACCGAGCGAAAUGUUGUUUCGGAGGAGAAAUUACAGGCCUUUAAUGACUUGAAGGAAUCCGGAAAAGCUGUUCUGGAUGAAAAGGCUUUAGAGGAGGUGACGAAAACUUGUAAACCAUCCGGCUCAAAGGAUCCUAUGGAAGAAAUGGCCAUAGAGAAGCUAGAGGAAGAACUUCAUGCACUGCAGGCGUUACGGAAUCUCCACAUACAGAGGCGCAAUAAGCUCCAGAUGAUGGCUUCUGCCAACGUACACUCCUGCUUGAAAUUCAAAGGUACAGAAGAUGAGGAGGCCAAAUCACUGAAAGAAACUCUGAGUGUCCUGCAGGUCACAAGUAACAAGCUGAAUCACGAGCUCCAGACUGUUGUCAAUGGCAUUCAGAAGUUAAUGGCAUUCUAUGCUCCCCAUGAAACGGGUUCUAUGUUAUCAAUGCCAAUUUUCCUCUUUCAGGUGCUCCUAGAUAAGUAUCUGUCAUGUGAAGAACAAAGCACUGCCGCCCUCACUCUAUUUACUAAAGAACAUUUUUUUGAGGGCUUCUCUAAAUGUGUUAAGGGUUCAGACAAUGACUUUCAGCUUGUUCAGCUGGAUGGAAACGCCUGCGAUGACACGGCCCUCGAGGACAAGUGCCAAGAGAUGAUGAGGCUACAGCUGGCUUACAUCAGUGCAAAACACAAGCUGAUACAGACAAAGGCAAAACACUCCAGCUUGAAGGCUGGUGUAACAUGGGUGGACAGUAAUGCUAGAGUAAUGCAGAGCAAGGCCUCUCACAAAGAUCAGCUGAAGGUCAGAAUCGCGAGUCUAAAAGAGGAGGCGUCACAGACUGAAAAUCACAUAGACGCCAUUAAGCGAGAAACUCUCCCAGAGCUGGUUCGGGAGAGCGCCCAGCUGCUGAACAUGCCGAUUGUGAAAGGAGACUAUGACCUGCAGAUAGCGCGCUACAACCUGUACACCUCCAGGCAGGACAUAGUGUGCGACCAUCUGAUGAAGCAGAAGGCCUCCUUCGAGCUCAUACAGCUGGGCUAUGAGUUGGAAUUGAUGAAACACAGAAAUGUGAACCGCCAAUUGGAAGCGUUAAUUAGAGAGCUGAGGCAAAGUGCUGAGGACUUGGAGAAAAGUAUAGCGAUGAUGUCUGAUGUUACUCUGCUAUCCUCAGCCAAACCAAGGACUAAUAUUGAUUCCAAGGAUACAGCUACUCAUGGAUUAUUCCAGAUUCUGGAUGGAGAUAACAUACAGAAACUAUUUAGAACAUACAGCGGUUUAGAGUCCAUGGCUCAAAAAUUAUCCCAGGACGUCACUUCUCUGAAAGAUCAGCUGGCAGUUUCCAAGCAGGAACAGUCCCUUUUUAUAUCAAAGCUGGAAGCUAACCUGAAGGCGUUGCAAGAUGUUAUGUACCUGGAUGGGAGUGAGCUAAUGUUACAAACACCAGAGCUGUCCACUAAUUUUCAGCAUUUAAAUUCCCAACUAGAUAAAUUAAACCAGAUUUUACUGGAGGUUCUUGAUGAUCUGACCUUGAAGCGGAAGAUUUUGCAGUCUAGCAAAUGUGACCGGGUGGGGAAACUACUGUAUGUGUACUUUUAUCAGAAUGAAAACCUUCUAAAGACUAUUGUAGAGAACCUGGAGUCCCAGGCAGACAUUCACCCCCCACAGCAAUGACUCCGGGUCAUACAGAGAUGUAGUCAUGUGCGACACAUACUGUAGAGAACCUGGAGUCCCAGGCAGACAUUCACCACCCACAGCAAUGACUCCGGGUCAUACAGAGAUGUAGUCAUGUGCGACACAUACUGUAAAGAACCUGGAGUCCUGGGCAGACAUUCACCACCCACAGCAAUGACUCCGGGUCAUACAGAGAUGUAGUCAUGUGCGACACAUACUGUAAAGAACCUGGAGUCCUGGGCAGACAUUCACCACCCACAGCAAUGACUCCGGGUCAUACAGAGAUGUAGUCAUGUGCGACACAUACUGUAAAGAACCUGGAGUCCUGGGCAGACAUUCACCACCCACAGCAAUGACUCCGGGUCAUACAGAGAUGUAGUCAUGUGCGACACAUACUGUAAAGAACCUGGAGUCCCGGGCAGACAUUCACCACCCACAGCAAUGACUCCGGGUCAUAAAUUGUAGAAAAUGAUUUGCAAUCUGCUUCAUCUUUGUGCUUUUUAACACGCCUUUGAGAGGUUUUUAAACAUUUAUCACGAUUACAUACUGUACAUAUAUAUUUUAACAUUUUCUCUGUAUUUUAUUAACUUUUUGUAAGAUGUAUAAAUCAACUGUGAUUGUUUUACAUGAAUGUAUGUAGUAGCCUUCACUUCUCUUCAUGAAAGGGACAGUAAUACAGGUUGAGUAUCCCAUAUCCAAAAUGUUUGGGACCAGAAGUAUUUUGGAUAUCGGAUUUUCUCUGACGUCCUAGUGGAUGCUGGGGACUCCGUCAGGACCAUGGGGAUUAGCGGCUCCGCAGGAGACAGGGCACAAAAAUAAAGCUUUAGGAUCAGGUGGUGUGCACUGGCUCCUCCCCCUAUGACCCUCCUCCAAGCCUCAGUUAGGUUUUUGUGCCCGUCCGAGCAGGGUGCAAUCUAGGUGGCUCUCCUAAAGAGCUGCUUAGAAAAAGUUUUUAGGUUUUUUAUUUUACAGUGAGUCCUGCUGGCAACAGGCUUACUGCAACGAGGGACUUAGGGGAGAAGAAGUGAACUCACCUGCGUGCAGGAUGGAUUGGCUUCUUAGGCUACUGGACACCAUUAGCUCCAGAGGGAUCGAACACAGGCCCAGCCAUGGAGUCCGGAGCCGCGCCGCCGACCCCCUUGCAGAUGCCGAAAAGUGAAGAGGUCCAGAAACCGGCGGCAGAAGACUUUUCAGUCUUCAUGAGGUAGCGCACAGCACUGCAGCUGUGCGCCAUUGUUGUCACACACUUCACACCAGCGGUCACUGAGGGUGCAGGGCGCUGUGGGGGGCGCCCUGGGCAGCAAUGAAAUACCUAUACUGGCUAAAAGAUACAUCGCAUAUAGCCCCUGGGGCUAUAUGAAUGUAUUUAACCCCUGCCAGGUCUCAGAAAAACGGGAGAAGAAGCCCGCCGAAAAGGGGGCGGGGCCUAUUCUCCUCAGCACACAGCGCCAUUUUCCCUCACAGAAAUGCUGGUGGGAAGGCUCCCAGGCUCUCCCCUGCACUGCACUACAGAAACAGGGUUAAAACAGAGAGGGGGGGCACUUAUUUGGCGAUAUGAUUAUAUAUAUUAAGAUGCUAUAAGGGAAAAACACUUAUAUAAAGGUUGUCCCUGUAUAAUUAUAGCGUUUUGGUGUGUGCUGGCAAACUCUCCC